AUGGCUCGCUCGCUCACCUGGCGCUGCUGCCCCUGGUGUCUGACCGAGGACGAGAAGUCGGCAGCCCGGAUCGACCAGGAAAUCAACAAGAUCCUCCUGGAGCAGAAGAAGCGUGACCGAGGGGAGCUGAAACUGCUGCUUCUGGGUCCUGGCGAGAGUGGAAAGAGCACGUUUAUCAAGCAGAUGCGUAUCAUCCAUGGGGCGGGCUACUCGGAGGAGGACCGCAAGAACUUCCGGCCGCUAGUCUACCAGAACAUCUUCAUAUCCAUGAGGACCAUGAUCGAAGCUAUGGAACGACUACAGAUCCCCUUCAGCUGGCCCGAGAGCAAGCACCACGCCAGCGUGAUCAUGAGCCAGGACCCCUACAAGGUGACCAAAUUCGAGAAGCGGCACGCCGUGGCCAUGAAGUGGCUGUGGGAGGACAGCGGCAUCCGCGCCUGCUAUGAGCGCCGGCGAGAGUUCCACCUGCUUGACUCGGCUGUGUACUACUUGUCGAAUCUGGACCGUAUCACGGAAGAGGGCUACAUCCCUACCGCACAGGACGUGCUCCGCAGCCGCAUGCCCACCACCGGGAUCAACGAGUACUGCUUCUCCGUGCAGAAAACCAACCUGAGGAUCGUGGAUGUCGGGGGCCAAAAGUCAGAACGGAAGAAGUGGAUCCACUGCUUUGAGAACGUGAUUGCCCUCAUCUACCUGGCCUCACUGAGUGAAUAUGACCAGUGUUUGGAGGAAAACAACCAAGAGAACCGAAUGAAGGAGAGUCUGGCCCUGUUUGGGACCAUCCUGGAACUGCCCUGGUUCAAAAGCACUUCCGUCAUCCUCUUCCUCAACAAAACCGACAUCCUGGAGGAGAAGAUCGCCACCUCCCACCUGGCUACCUAUUUCCCCAGUUUCCGGGGCCCCAAGCAGGACGCGGAGGCAGCCAAGAAAUUCAUUCUGGACAUGUACACCCGCAUGUACGCCGGCUGCGUGGACAGUGCCGACGGGGGAAGAAAGGGCUCGCGCUCCCGCCGCCUCUUCAGCCACUACACGUGCGCCACGGACACACAGAACAUCCGCAAGGUUUUCAAGGACGUACGGGACUCGGUCCUGGCCCGCUACCUGGACGAGAUCAAUCUGCUGUGACCCAGGCCUGCCGCUCCGAACUCGGACCCGCGAGGGGCAAGUGGAACCUGCGGGCAGUGGGCGCGGGGUGGGCCGGCUCUCAGCUAGUCCA